AUGGAUCCAAGUCGAUAUAACUGGACUCUCUCAUUGCCGCCCGGGCGUGUUGCUGGUCCACAACUCGAGCGCUGCUUUGAGGGUCUGGCCUCCCUGUUCAUAACGAAUGACGAUGAUGCGAUGGAUGUAGACGAGGGUGCUCCGGACCAAGCGCCUUCUGUAUCGAGCCACAAAAGGAACACCGGUCCCUCAACCCGAGCUCCUGUUAUAGUGAUAUCAUCAGACGAGGAGGUCGAAGAAAUGGGUGACGAGACCCUCAAAGCAGCGCUCGAGUUGUGGACCUCAUUGGGACUCGCCAUGGAUACGAGCAUCGUUGAGGAAUUCGAAGAAGGAAUUUCAAUCUUGAGGAAUGCACUCGACCGGCACCAGCAACACGCCCGGGCGGCAAUGAGAGAGUCCAGUUAUAUCGACUUGGAUCCAUCAGACGAGGAGAGAGAUGUGUAA